AUGGCGUCUUGUUCUUCCUCCUUAUCCGUCAUUACCUUCCUCCUCUUAGCGCCUCUCUGCUUUUCUUUUGACUCACCUUCGCAAGUCCCAAACGGAACCUUAGAUCUCUCUUUACUCUGGUACGGACAAUUCACACCGGUCCAGAAAGAGAGGGUUCGAGAUUUCAUAGAAUCGCUUAACUUUGACGCCAAGGAAGGUCUUGACCCCAAGGUAUCAUCAUGGUGGAAAGUGGUGGAGAGUUAUCAAGAGAGGUAUGAGGUCAAGGAGAUUUACCGACAGAAGUGUAACAGAACCGUAGCUCCGAGGAUUAAGGUGAAGAUUGUCCGGAGCUAUGUAGAUGAGAAGAUGAAGUAUGGUAAAGAAUUAACAAUCGAAAACGGUGAGAAACUAGUUGAGACCGCCAUAGAAAACAUGUCGAAAGUGGUUCCCGUGGUUUUACUUUCGGCACAAGUUAGGGCUCAUGGCUUAGGGUUUUGUAACAAAACUUGCCAACGCUACGCCCUUACCGUCAGUGAUAUUACAGGUAAAGAAAAACCACAACCAUACGUAAUGGUGAGCGACCCGGAGGUGCAGUGUCCCGGAGAGUGCGCUUGGCCUUUCCACAUAGCUAACAAAGGUCCACAUGGCAUGACCUAUCAACCACCAAGUGGUGAAAUAGGAGCUGAUGCAUUGGUUAUUCAGCUAGCCACCGGUUUAGCCGACAUAGCCACCAAUCCAGCUUUAACCGAAUCCUUGUUCAAAUGUCAGCCACCUUACAUCACGGACGGAAAACACAGUUCUUUGGAUUAUAUAGAGGACCCUGCAACCAAGUGCACUCGCGUUUUUGGAACCGGAGCUUUUCCGGGUUUUACUGGAAAAAUCCGGGUUGACCCGGUAUCUGGUGGAGCCUUUAACUCACAUGGGAUCAACCACUUGAAGUUCUUGAUUCCUUCUGUUUGGGACCCUAAGACCAAAUCUUGCUGGACUCCUAUGUAA